CAAGCAUUGUGUUGAAACGUUUAGCCAAGCGAAUCUGGUUUAAUAGCUACGCCAUUUUCAAACGGAAUGGUUGUUGUUUUUGUUAGUCUUUAGUGAAGAUGUGUGUACUGGACGGAAGGCGGAAGUAAACCAAGAGCGGUGGCUAAACACGCUGGAACAGCCCAGGCAUGAGUGACGCACACCUGGACGAAUGGCAGAAGAGGUCCUUUGACAUUUCGUCUGGCAACUGUACACCUGAACAGACGGCCGAUGCCUACCGGGCCCACAUCCUCUCCAUUCAGUAUGCAUGGGCAAGUUCCCACCUUUCAGAGGCCGCCAUGGGAAGCCUGCUCAGGACCUAUUCAGAGCGCUACGCCGCAGUGCUGGACUCGGAUGACCCCCGCACGGGGCUCAACAACUAUGCAGAGACCGCGCUGCAUCUGGCCCGUAAUCAGAAGAACCACAGCGACAAAUGGGAGUCGUCCUUCACCAUGGAGAGCGUGCUGGAGUUGCCCUGCGUGCAGAAGAUGAUUCAAGCAGGGGCAGGGGGGGCAAGCUCCCUCGUGGCCGCAGCAGAUGUCAGCUUAUCUGUCGGACAAGAGAGUAGCAGCAGCAGCUCCUUGUCUGCUUUAACAUCUGUAGGCGCCUCCCUCAGACUUAUUGGGCCACCUCAGUCUGAAGUCGAGGUUAAUAACACAGCCAGUGGUUCUGUGGAUAGGUCAAAAUUUGCUGAUGGGACAUUAGAAAAUAUCUACUCAUCUUCCCGUCCAAACGCCACAGCACAACCUGUGUUUACUCAUCCCAGCUCAGGCCCUCAGAGCAACACCAGUUAUCAGUCCUGCUUCUUCCCUAACCCCAAUACCUCUAAGCGGAAGAAUUUUUACAACACAGAUGCAGGACCACAAGCAGGGGGUGACCCAAAACCUGGAAGCAACUUCAAAUCGGCCCGUGAGAAGCUAAUUGUGGAUCAACAGAAGAAACAUUCUCAUCAGCCCCAAAGAGGAGCGGCGGCCGCCAUGUCAGUGACGAUGAAAAGGUCACUGGGAGCAAACAGGGCUCGGGGGGCUUUUUCUAAAUUUGUGUCCCCUAUGCCGCGGCAGGAAGAGGAGGAAAGCGAGGCGAGGUCCAACUUGAAUCAGGAACCUCAGAUUUUGGAUGAACGUCUGAAAAACUUUGAGCCAAAGAUAGUGGAGUUGAUCAUGAGUGAGAUUUUGGACCAUGGACCUCCUGUGGUCUGGGAGGACAUAGCAGGCUUGGAGUUUGCCAAGACUACCAUAAAGGAGAUAGUUGUUUGGCCUAUGCUGCGACCUGACAUCUUUACAGGCCUCAGGGGUCCACCGAAGGGUAUCUUGUUGUUUGGGCCCCCGGGGACUGGAAAGACAUUGAUAGGCAAAUGCAUCGCCUGCCAGUCAGGGGCUACCUUCUUCAGCAUCAGCGCGUCGUCGCUUACUUCCAAGUGGGUGGGUGAGGGGGAAAAAAUGGUGCGAGCGCUUUUUGCCAUCGCCCGCUGCCACCAGCCCGCUGUGAUUUUCAUCGACGAAAUUGACUCGCUCUUGUCCCAGCGUACAGAUGGGGAGCACGACUCAUCUCGCAGGAUCAAGACCGAGUUUCUGGUUCAGCUAGAUGGGGCCGCCACAACCAAUGAGGACCGCAUCCUGGUGGUGGGAGCCACCAACCGACCUCAAGAGAUAGACGAGGCUGCCCGUCGACGCCUGGCUAAGAGGUUGUACAUUCCCCUUCCCGAGGGUGCCGCCCGGCAGCAAAUAGUCACCAAUCUCAUGGCUCGGGAGAAGAACCAGCUGAGAGCGGAGGAGCUGGAAAGCAUUGUGUCGGCCACUGAAGGUUUCUCCGGUGCAGACAUGACUCAGCUGUGUCGUGAGGCGGCGCUGGGGCCUAUUCGCAGCAUUCAGUUUGAUGACAUCGCCACCAUCUCGGCAGAUCAGGUCAGGCCGAUCCUCUACGCUGACUUCCGAGACGCUCUGAUGACCGUGCGGCCGAGCGUGUCGUCAAAAGACUUGGAGCUGUAUGAAGACUGGAAUAAGAUGUUUGGAUGUGGUCGAUGACGGCCUUAUGAAGAAAGACACACCUUUUUUGUGCUGUACAUUUAGUUUCUGUUGCAUGUAAAACUGAUAAUGUGUUUAGUUUGAGUGUUCUUUCACAAAAUAAAAGGUUUCCA